GGCGGGCAUACGUCAUCGAAAUGUGUUUGUCCGCCAUCUUUUUUAUUUAAAAAAAAAAUCAACAUACUAAGUUGUCUAUAGGAGCCCAAGCAUGACCAUCCAGAUGCUGGAACGACUGGGCUGGUGUUGUCUGCUCCAAGGUCCCAAACUUGACAGACUUUGAUGUCAAGGUCAUGCCGAAUCGCUUUAUAGCAGAAAGUCUUUCCACGUCACAUCAAAACAACUGGUUGGACCCUGCGUUCAAAAAGACAUCGGGAGAUAGCACCAGUCUUUCACAGUGCACCCAAAACAUCAACAAUCAGCCCAAAACAUCCGACAGGCGGCGCUUCGACUUCGUCGUCCUGCCCGGCGUCUUAGAUUCAGAGGCUCCCGGAAGUGACGACAGUUGCUACUCCGCUCGGCCAAUCAUCGGAGUUUUCCGGUUUAAUGCGGGGCAGCCCUCGAGUCGUUACCAUAGGCGACGGAGAAGACACUAUUAUUGGAGAAGGCGCAGAGCGCGUAAUCUGUUUCGUAAAUACGAGACUGAGUUGUCUGCUCUUGAGCAUCUUGGCAGUACAGAUUCUUGGGACAUUUCUUCAAACCCUAGGAUAACAUACCAGUGUCCAAACGACUUGAGUUGUAGAGAGCCUUUUGUUUCUCAUUUUUGCCAAAACAUCAACAAGAGGAAGAGAGGAUCGAGAAAGGCGCCCUUUGUCCCCAAGAUCAAAGCAAAAGAUAGUAACUUUGCCGGCGGUGACUUUAGCAAAGAGUCAAAUCUAUUAAACCCAGAGACUUGCAAAACAUACUAUUAUAGCGCAAACAAACUUCCAGAAGAGGAUAGUUCGAGUUUUUGUUCCGUCAUAUCACCGAAAGGACAGAGGAACAAAGAACGAUCCUUGAGCAAUUCCUUAUUUAACGAAUUUUUGUCAAAAAGAUUAUGUAGAGAAUUUAGUUCUGAUUCGGUUCCCAAAUUGAUGAGCAGAAAUCUGAUCAGGCACGGACAGGAAUCACAAUCUAUAGAAGUCGGCUUCCGACGGUUGCCACAGGGCUCGUCUUUCCAAAUCACCCGGAGUAACGACAGCUCUGUAGACACCUCAACCCAGAUAGUAGUUGUUAUUCAGACUUUUUUCAUCCCACUAGACUGUCUAAGCUAUGUAAAACAUUUCACUUCACCUGGUUUUCUACCAAAGUCGCGGCUAGAGAAGUGUUCUGGCGAAUCAAUUUCAGACAUAAAGGAAAUCGAGCUGUGCAAGAAAACGAACAAACAUUUGGUUUAUUGUUCCGAAAGGUGUUGGCAUCAACCUGUUGUAAAAGAGAGUGCUAUAAAAUCCAACGUUUUUGAACGCAAACCGCCAAAGGUCACAGACAAAAAGAGGCAGCGGUUCGAUAGACCAACAGAAACAAGCUCAGGAGACUCUCUUCCGCGCCAUCAUUUGGACUACCCCCGAGAUUUGAAUAACCGGGACCAACAAGUGACUGCUCUCACCUCUGGGGAAGCGCGAACUGUCUGCCGGUGUGAACCAUCCGUCAACUGCCGUUUGAGCAAAAGAGGAAGAGGAAGAAGGGAAAACAGGAUGGCGGAGCGCACGAGUCCUGUAAGUCCUGACUGUGUGGAUGGUCAAAGGUUUGGCUACCCACAGGAGGAUUGUGGUCCGGACGAGAGGCCAAUUUCCCCCAACAACCAUGACCCAAUCUACGACACAGCUGUCCAGUUCGCCAAAGCACACGGCUACGGCCUGGUGGAGUUUGUGGAAGACGCUGACUUCCACUCCGAGCCGGCCAUGAACACGUCACGUCUUCGAGCCUGUCUCUCUCAACGUCGGAUGUCUGCAACAUCUUCGCACGCAACAACGUCCAGAACAAUAAUGGUAACAAACGACGGCGCCUUUCCAUCUCCGCACAGCUCUCGCCCGGGGCUGUGUGGGACAGACUCGCCGUGUCGCACGAGCGUCAAUGGCGACAUGCGCAGCCCGGUGUGCGCGCACCGUCUGACGUCACGUUGCCGCCGGAGUCGGAAGUGCAUGGUUCGGCCAAGCUUACUGAGGAGCAGCAUCAUCAAACAGGCGACCAUGCUGGACUCAGCCCGGGAGGACAUAGAACACGUGCGGGAAAUACUGGACAGCAUUUCUAAGAUAAAAGUCCCGCAGACCACGAGAACCGGGUCAAAACCCAAGAGAUCAAAACGCAGAAUGUCCCAGGAACCCGGAGACCACACUGGGGAGCUGCCAUCUUCCAGUGUAGAUGUCGCUGCUACUGCUACUGCUGCUGCAGACGGUGAGGUGAAGGUCGCCAAGGGGGAGGAGGAGGAGGGGGAGGAAGACGAGGAGAUAAUCCGAUCAGGUCCGCUGUGCAAGUACAUGGAGAUGUUGUCUAAGAAGUUGGAACGAAUCCGCCUGGAGGAAACCCUCACAAGUUACCCGAAUGAGCGGUAUACGUCAGUCGGGGAAAGCGUCGUCAUGGCAGCGGCUUCUGAGACGACGAGCGCUGCGCUUAAAGAAAAAAGUGAAAAACCUGCGGCGGUAGAGGAUCGCGUCUCUACGUCAGACCCGCCACUUCAUAGAUUGACGUCAUCAAAACCUGUCGUUAGGAAAACCCCCGAGAGAUCUUUCAAAACAGCGAAGACAAGGCUGAGGAUCGAGAACAAGGUGAGUAACAACAACGCCGUGAAGAGGGCUGGAGUCUCGACCACUAGCCAGGGCGUAGCCACAGCCUAUGCUAGCCAGGAACAAAGAAUUGUGUCUCCGAAAAGCUCAUACCACGCGAGUGUCGACAAAAAUAGCGCAAUCACUCGUUGUGAGCACCCAACCCCAGUACACUCAGUUCCAGCAGCCACAGUGAAGAAAAAUUCAUCAGACCUGUCAGUUGACACGCCACCAACAGUCCAUCCUCGCCUGGCUGAGAAGACGAGUCUGCAGUAUCGGUUACAGAACUCACUCUCAGCCACUAUAUUCAGAGAACGACUGCAGCAGCUUAAGCCCCCACCUUCAACAGCAACAGCAGCAGCAGGAGAAGAAAAAGGUGGCACUGACUGUGAGUUCGGAUUUGAAAAACUCACACGUUCACAAAUCGAGCUGGUGAAGAUAUCCGACAUUGAAGUCAUGCCUACGUGUGGGGUUGAAAAGUUUAGGUGCGAGAAAGCGAAGAAAACUAAGCCCAACCGACGUCAGAGUGUUGGAACUCGCACCCUCUGCAGUCAGAGCGGGGCGAGAACACGAUGCCAGCCCAGACCACCGGCGGCUACAGAGAGCCAUAUACACACUGCGUCGGAGGAGGGUAAGUGGGGAGUGGCGUCCCGCUCCGGUAGACACAGUGACAAGACGUUGAGCUGUCCCAAUCUGGCAGUCGGUGUCUCCAACAGGGAGGAGAGAUCGAGGAUGGAAAUAGCACUGUCUAGUUUACGAGGGGAAGAAACAGCGAGUAUAGUCGGAGAUUCAAGUGAAAGUCCCAGAUUUUGCAAAAACACAACCUUACCCCAACAGCAGACGUCUCCGGCUUGGGGAGACGGGUCGCAAAAGGACAAAGUGGGAUUAACUAAAGAAAUAGCCAAACUCUGCUCAACACCAUCGAAUGAAGUCGCAGACUUGACUCUCACGGAUCUUGAAGGAGGAAGUCACGUGACCCACUCCCCGCCCUGCGUCAAGCAGCGAGUGAGAUCCCCCCCUAGAAUGGACGAGCUUCAGUUCGCACACACCUUGGCCUCUCAGUCCCCUCAGGGCUUAUGUGGAGGCGUUCUGCACGACUCCUGGCCGUUAACUAGCCGCACCUCCCUGAUGACGUCAGACUUUCCAUCAGACGCUAAAACUCCACCUAGGGAAGAUGACGCCAUACUCAGAGAGGUGGACAUCGACGAUAACAGUCACCAAACACAGCCGGAUGCUUGUCUGAACGCCAAUAACAACUCCCUACCUGUUUCAUCGAUGUCUGAUGAUCUGAUGACGUCAGAGAGAAAUGUCAGUGGCAUGUCCCUCCCGCCCAUUCCCCUUGUUCCCCAUCGAGACCGCACAUUCUCAAAACCACGAACUCCUUGUAGAGUAAAUGCGGUAGCAGAAGCAGACAUGUCUGGUGUCUAUAACAAACAUCCCGCGAGCAAAAGCAACCUGCUCAAACAAAAUGUGAAGGAUAACUGGAAGCAACUCGGGACUUUGGAUGUUUUACCAGAGGAAGAAGGAACGGGAGUGUUUCACGGUGCUAACAGUCGUUGUAUCAGAAAUACACGGCUAGUUUCCCGACCGCAUCAGUCAAUACUUUCUUCUCCGAGCCCUGUUCGACCACCGAGCGUCAGUACUUUGCUGUCAAGUUCUGUUUUUUCUUUGAUGAGCAGCGAUGGGUGCAAGCAGCUUAACAAGAGUUACGUCAUUUCCAAAACUGAGAGUCGGCCAGGGCUGGACAGAUGGGAUACAACGUCAUGGCCAGUCGGGGUGUGGGAUUCUAGUAACUAUUUCAGCACUGUGAAAGAACCAAACGCGAAGAAGGGCGAAAAACGAGUCAUACCCUCUUCGACGAACACAGAUUCGUUGGAUUCUUGUUUCAACACGCAACAAAACUUUGGGGAAAUCCCGGUACCUCGGCGGAGUCUAGGCUCUCCCACAUUUGCCAAAAAACGAAAACGGACAGAACAGACGCGCGAGAGAGUCGAUAUCAACGAAAGUUUCAGUUUUCAGAGUAAUAGCCUUAAACUCAAAGGCGCUGUGAAGACACCGCUGGGGAAAAGUUUAGAUCCAAAAGAAAGAAACAGAGGCAUUCUUGAUACACGUAUCACGCGAAGGAGUGCAGAAAAUGAAAAUAACAAUUCCUCCGAGAUUGUUUCAAUGACCAGGUCAGACUGCUCUGUCGUCUUACGUUCUUCUGGGGCUGGAGAGGAUAGCAAAGAUUGUGCAAUUGAGGAUUGUGAAAUAAAUGAUUCUGAAGUUGAUGGUUUUGCUGUUCCGGCGAUUGCUACAGAGCAAGAAGACUCAAUUCAGAAACCCGGUGGUUCUAGCGACUACAUAAUCUAUCAUGCGCCCGUCUCCAAGUGUUCAGCAAAACCAAACAUCUGCAGGAAAAAGCUGGACAGGAACACCAAUACAAGCUACAGAAUGCAGGAUUCCAGUGACGGUGACUCGGACCUCUCUCACGGGGCCUUUGAUGGUCCAAACCCUACCCUUAGUCUGGAGGAAGAAGUCUUGUCUCUCAUCCGGGAGGGCUCACUCUCACCUCUACCGAUGGGCGUACGAAAUCCUGAGUUGAUCCCGCGGGCAACCUUACAGCGGUACUACUCGCUCGGCCGGCGAGGUGCGCUCGCCAACUGUCCACUGUGCCCUGACCACAACAGCAGUAACACCACUAGGAGAAUCCAUCUCUGGAGCCAGACAGAUGAUGACCACAGAAGUAUGAUCGGUCCCCCUAGAGGGAGCGGCGCGAAGUUCGCACCGUCCACGGGUCCCCACAGAGGCUGUCUGAGGUCGUCACAGGGUAGGUCAGGUUUGCACGAGAGUCAAGGGGAGACCCGGAGCAGCGGAGGACAGGAGGAGGUGAGGCGAGAGACACCAGCCUGGCAACCCCGGCGGGUUGCCUUCCAGGAGGGAAAUCUGGUCAACAUGGACGUCACGGCCUCGCCCGAUUCACGUGAUCAAGUCCAAGGCGUCGUCGCUUCAGAAUCGGAGGUCCCACUAAUUGACAUGUUCGGCGAUGACACGCCAUGCUUCCCAACGGUAGAGAACUACUGGCAGACAGCGGCACAAGACCCCAACCCCAAGCUUUGUUUACAACACACAGACCUAUCGGCGUUCCAAAGACGGCCGUGCUUCGCCAACCAAGCCAGACAUGCCUGCUAUCCCCGUGCAGAGAGUAGUGAACAUAGUCCAAAUCCGCAAACUGAUAUAAUUUUAGGUAAUGAGGAAAUAAUGGAUACUGGGGAGAACGGCGAAUUAUGUCAUGGUGGCGACAGAGGCGUUGACCCUGGUGGUCGAAAUCACACAAUCCAGGAGCGUUUUUUGUCCAUAUGUAGACAACUGGACCACCAAGUGCAGCAAUCUCACAGAGAGAUGAGUCAGAAACUGAAGUCCGUUGGCAAAAUGAUUGACAAAAGGUUCAACAACUUACAAAAGUUGGUGGAAAGUAAAUUCGGCAGGAGCCUUUCUAAACCUAACGAGAAUGAAGCGCCACAAAUAUCCCCAGAAAGCGGGAGGGUGCCUGCUCAAUCCGGAGAAUCAUCUAAAUCCGAGGGAAAUCCAAAAUAUCCUUUCGGGAGAAUCCAGCUGUGUGCUACAAGAGACAGACAACGGGCAUCGGGAAAUUGUUUUCAACUGGAUGUGUCUAAAUGCAACCACGAUGCAAAAGCAAGAGAGAACAAUUGUCAGUCUGCCACAUUCCUUUCUCCUCUCGCCGUUCCUGCGUCGGCGGUCCAAGAGUCUGAACCACAGAUUACAGAUGCAACGACCAACAAGAUCCAGUCGAUAGAUUUUGUGGAAGUUGUUCCAAACUCGAUGAAACCCGAAACAUUGUCGUCUGAUGCUGCAGUUGCUGACUCGUCCGCGUCUACAGAACCAAUAAACGUUUACGUCAACAGGACACACGAUAGUGCCUCAAACAGUAAAGCCAAUAACGGAUAUCAGUCUGGAAGGUCCACUACAAAGAAAACUGGAUCAAACAAUACUUCCCAAAAACCAACGACGUCAAAUACCACUCGGCCCAGACAAUAUAAUAUAUCUAAAAAGAAAUGUAACAGACGGAUGCACGUCUCGACAAAAAAUAAACAGAAGCGCAAUUCUCGCGGAAAAUCAAGCUACAGGCGUGUAAAAUGUCGUAGGAGAUGUCCUUCCCGAGAGAGAUAUAUCAUAAAGAGUUCGCCAGUUUCCAUAGGGUUUUGUCACCGGAAGUUGACAUCACGAACCUACCGCAGACUCGAACACUCCAGAUCAUGUCGGCGGCGGCAGGGCGCUCACGGGGGUCUGUGUAACACUUGUCUUCCCAGCAUGCCUUGUACGAAGACACACCCCCAGUCUGGAGGCAAGACAUGUCGAGUGUACAGAAAAAGGAAGGGAAACGAAAGGAGCGUUUUGAACCGAAAAAGACAAACGUCGAGGAAGAAAUCGACAACCGCAAAAAAGAGGAAAUUUAGGGAAGCAAAGUCGAUGAAACGAAGAAGAAACACUCCGAAUGGUUUGCGAAAAGAAAGAAAGAAACAGUUUCGGGUCAGAAGAUUUAGAGACUCGAUGUCAAGGAAAGACAACAAGAAUGUGAACGCACUCCGAUUUACCAAUAGUAAAACACAGAAACAAAGGAACUUGAGUACAUUUAAAGGGGAUCGGCUACUGCCAAGAUACUUGAUUACUCUAAAGGGAUGUAAACGUCUGUACGAGGUCACGAGGAGAAAAUAUAACAUAGCGCAGGCGCAGCUGAACGUCCUAGCGCGGGAAAACCCAAACUGUCCCCAUACCAACCAUCAGGCCCAGAUCAAACGAAUGGCACAACGGUUUGAAAGAAUCAUAUCUGGGUUUCCUCCACCACGACUGUUGAAAAUGAGCAACAUUCUGUAUUCACAAACAGGGGGUGUGCUCAGCAGUGGAAACAGAAGACAUUUCAAAUUGUCACGGCGAUCGCCAGCCAGACAGACAGCAAUACUGCGGCCAUGUCAAGGGGAGAAAGUAUUCUUUGUGCAAGACUCGUACCAACAACGGAUGACGUCAUCUGAGGUGUGUUGUAAACAUCACGGCACAACAGAUAGGAACUUACGCCAGUUUUCUGUUGGAUCUGGCGAGAAAGAAGAAUGUACUGACACAGAGACUAGACACUACCAAGAUACUAGCAACUCUGUAGUACCAAGAACCCCUUUACGCCCUGUGGAUUCGCUGACGACGAUUCGAAAGCGACUGAAAAUGGAUAAGAUUAAUAAGAACCGAAGCAGGAAUGCAGCUGCCUGUGUCCGAGGAGUGAAGUAUGCGCCUCAGAGGUUGUACACGCUAGGGGGAUAUAAAGUCAACAGAACAAUCUCAAAGUCAUUGAACGGUCCUCACAUGUGCAACUGUAGCUUAAGUCUUAACGAUCAGAUAAAAUCGUGUCGAUCCAAGACAUCGAGCGAUGCUGUAGCUAGUCCGCCCCUCUGUGCCCAACCGCUUGAAACAAGUGUGCACAUAGCUCAACGUUCUUCUCAACGGUCAAAUCCAUGUGUGAGUUAUGUAUGUGGCUCAAAUCCCUCCAACGCUGACAAAAACGUUUGUGAGUAUCCAAUCUUUAUUCUUCCAAGGCCACUAAUGAGACAUUUCCAAAACAAAUCUAAUUUGAGACACAGCGUAAAUCACUGUAGCGCACUAUGCUCUAAGGACUGUGGUGGUAAGCUAGGGCUGAGUGGCACACGCAGGUAUCAAAUUGAUGUAGCAUCAAGAGAGAGUUUAAGUUCUUUCCAAGGACAGUCUCUCAACGAAACAUACACUCAGCCACACACAAAAGAGGGCGAUUUUACGGAAAAACAACUCUACGAAAGUGACGAAAAGACUUUGUACACUAAUCUUCCUUCUCGCUUGUCGAAUACCACCAGUGACAGUCACCAAUCUGGCACGUUUGUGGUUCAUAGCAAUGCCAUAGAAAGUAACAGCAGGGCUUCCCGUGCCCACUCCGAUCUCGUCUGGCCAAGUGAUCACAAAGUUAUGAGUUUCUCUAGAAUGCCAGCACCGAACACCAGACCCGGAAGUGUCGAACCGGAUAGCAUGCGUGACGUCAGGAACGCAUUGACAAACUCGGCGCGAGAUCAGAUAGUGAGCACGAAUCUUACUUCCGGUUGCUGUCGUAACCCUCGUCUGCUUACGCACCCCGGGACGUAUGGGGGUAGCGGUGCUGAAAGGGCUCUCGUCUGUUGUUGCACGGAAAUGAGUGGCGCCGAAAGGGCGUUAGGCGAAGGAAAAGAAAACUGUGUUACGUCCGUCACUGUACCUCGUGGUGGAUUUAAAGGGCGGCCUGUAUCAUUACGUAAUGAAACUUCCGAGACCACAUCUCUGAAACGACGUAGCCUUCGGGCACAAAGCAGAUCUGAUGUGUCUCGCCAUCCAUAUACAAGGACAGUAAACGAAGGAAUCCGGCAGACAAAUAAGAGAAGGCAAGAAAAAACCACGCAGCCUAAAGUCCCCUACCUUUACCUAAAAAAAGCUGAAACAUUUCUCGGAGACCGCCAGGCUCUUUUAAGAGAUAAGAUACACCAUUUUUUCAAAAACCAAAAGGGGACGGAAGAACAUGAUAAUAUUAUAAUACCGAAUCCAAACGAUGAUAAAGAUGAUCUUGUUUUCAGCAAGCGUGAUGGUCUUAGACUUAGUGAAAGUAUUUCCCCUCUCCCAACAUUACGUCUUCGCCAUCCUGUUUCAGUGAAGGAAACACAAUCAAGCAUAGCUCCAAACGACUUCACCACGGCCACAAGGGAAGACUCGAAAUCAGAGAUCCUCACGCAGGAGAUGGAGGUUCGGGGAGUGCAGGAAUCACAUGAUGUCGAAACAACAGAAAGCCCUCUAGCCAAUUGCAAGCCUGUAAAUCAAAACUUGAGACUGGCGUCCAGGUGGGAAAAAGACUGGUCUGCUGCAGGGCUAGGAAGAUCUGAGCUGUUUGUUGAUGCUUCAUCGGCCGAGACAAGGAAAUGCGCUUUCCCCAUUGACGUUGAGUCGGUGCCAGUGAAUGUCACCCUCUCGACAUGCGCAGAUGAUUCAGUUACUGUGCCGUCUCGUCAGGUGGUGGGGCACGGUGACGUAACGAGUGGCCAGAACCGUCAACCCGACCCUACUUCCGCUCGCGAACACAGUAGCUUUGAAGAAUCUUCUGAAGCCAAUGGUAGCCUCAGCUCUAAGACUCGUGACCAACAGCCACUCACGUCUGAGGAAAUAAUAUCCGCCAAUCCUUUACCGGAAAGUCACAUAUCUAGCAGUAGUGUUGUUGAGGACUGGAACUUCAAACACCCGAGUCUCACUGUGAACACGCCAGGAAUUUCCACCACUUGGAUUUCCACCACACUAGGCGUCUCCUCUCAUCCACCCAGGGCAUUGAACUAUCCGGGAUUGAUCAAAAGGAAUGAAAGCACCAUAGCUCCCACCUUGAGAAUAAACGGUAGUAAAAAUCAAAUGGAUAAUGAGAGUGGGAUGAAUAUGAGCGCCGCAUGCUCAAGCAAUUUUAAGUACAACACAGAAAUAGCUGGCUCUCCCCAGCCUACAACAAUUGAGGAGCCAGGUCCUUCCGUCAUUUCCGACGAUUCGGCUUUACCUGGCGCGUACUUCUUCAACAUCCAAGCACAAAUGAAGAGAGGUAAGGCCAUCAGUUCUUCAGAUGAAUUAAUUUUCUCCAGGUGGCGACAAAAAACGGGCACAGACUCUUGUUCCACUCUGUCUAACACUGGUUCUGAAGACCGUCCUAUCACACAGCUUUCUGUACCUCUAGACAUGAAACAAGAUGCAGGUGUGUCCUCUCAAAGUAACAAUAUGCGGAUGUCGCACAACGAUAGACUAGCUCAUAGCAACAGGUCAUGUGACUUGAGGGAAGACGAGAACGGAACCCUUGAGCAUGAAGAUACCAGAACAUCUCUCCAGUUGGAGGAAGAAGAAGGUCAAACUCAUGAAUCUCGUUCCGCCGACGUCAGCGAAUCUCUAGAAAACAACAAUAACGCCACGAUGUCUGAGAAUUGUCCAGACGAAGACGCGGGCGUGCCGGGGAAGAAAGCGAAGGACGCCACCAACACCCCUUCUCGUGAUGACGUCAUAGAGGAAGUAGUCCGUCAUGACGAAGCAACGACCAAUCUCGUAACACGAUGUAGACCCGACUACGACUCUGGAGCUACGAAUCAGGUUCUGUUUUGUAGAUCCGGGUUCAACUCCCAGGGCACGCGCUGCCGUGGAGACAUCACCAACAACAGAGUGACGCAGUCGGCCCACUCGCCUUCAUACACGCAGACAACACGCUCGAACAAGAUUAAAGUGGCUGCCACGCCCUCACACUUCCUCAAGAGUUGUUCCGUGUUCGCCACAAACACGCCCGGGCGUUUCCAGGAUGCCACGUCUGGGUCGUCGUCGUGCACGAUGCCUAUGUCUGUGAACGCGCUGAGACAGAGAAGAUCGGAGACAUUGGGCAAUAUGAAGUCUGUGUCUGGCGUGGUGCAUGGGCGUCGCCGAAAACGGACAGCCACGACGUCAGUGCCACAACACUUGAUACCUCCUCAGAAAAAAGCCAAACUGAUUGCUGAACAUCGCGCCCCCUCUCAGAUGUUGGGCGCGCGGCGUGAGCUGCAGCUACUCCGGCGCCUGGGCUGGCAGUUCCGCCGUGAGUUACGGCUGAGGAGAGCCAGGGAGGAAGAGAAGAGACGCGCCGAAACAGUUCUGUCUUGCAGACGGCUUCAAAAGAAGAGAGAAGACCAGGAAACCGCAGAUGCAGACGACGAAUCUAGCUCAUGACGUCAGCCUCUGUGACACAGAAAAUGUCUUUGGCUGGGGGCUACAAUAAUGUACACAUCUAGAGCGCUUACUCAAAGUAUUACGUUAGAUCAACCUCCAAACUAUGAACCAGUCUACUCCUCAGUCCUUCUCAGCAGCCCCAGAAGUUCCAGGCUCUCCACCAACGUGACAGCAACAACAACAGCAGCAGCUACAGCAACAGCAGACAGAACAACAACAACAACAACAGCAAAAACAACAACAA